GCAGCAGCCCAUAAUACCUGACAGGGCUCUCUGUGGAGCUCUGAGCAGAGGUGUCUGUUGUGAGAACAGAGCCAUGAACCUCAUCCUGGAAUUUCUCCUUCUGGUGGGCGUCAUCAUCUACUCCUACCUGGAGUCACUGGUAAAGUUCUUCAUUCCCCGGAGAAGGAAAUCUGUGACCGGGCAGACCGUUCUCAUCACGGGGGCCGGACACGGAAUAGGCAGGCUGACUGCAUAUGAAUUUGCAAAGCAGAAAAGCAGACUGGUUCUAUGGGAUAUCAAUAAGCGUGGUGUUGAGGAAACCGCGGACAAAUGCAGGAAACUGGGGGCCGUCGUGCACGUGUUUGUGGUGGACUGCAGCAACCGGGCCGAGAUUUACAACUCUGUGGAUCAGGUAAAGAGAGAAGUAGGUGAUGUCGAGAUCGUGGUAAACAACGCCGGGGCGAUAUAUCCAGCAGACCUUCUUAGUGCCAAGGACGAGGAGAUCACCAAGACCUUUGAGGUCAAUAUCCUCGGACAUUUUUGGAUCAUAAAAGCACUCCUUCCAUCGAUGCUGAGAAGAAACUCUGGCCACAUUGUCACAGUGGCUUCGGUGUGCGGCCAUGGAGUGAUUCCUUAUCUCAUCCCUUAUUGCUCCAGCAAGUUUGCUGCUGUGGGCUUCCACCGAGCACUGACCGCAGAACUGGACACCUUGGGGAAAACCGGUAUCCAAACCUCGUGUCUCUGCCCUGUGUUCGUGAAUACUGGCUUCACCAAAAACCCGAGUACAAGGUUAUGGCCUGUAUUAGAGCCGGAAGAAGUUGCAAGGAGUCUGAUCAAUGGAAUACUUACCAACAAGAAAAUGAUCUUCGUUCCAUCCUAUAUCAAUAUUUCUCUGAUCCUGGAAAAAGGACCUGGAUUCAGUUCCAAGCACCCACAUGGUGGUUCUCAACAGCCUGUUACUCCAAUCCCAGGGGAUUUGACACCCUCUUCAGACUUUCUCAAACACUAGGCACUCGUGGGGUACGCAUACGUCAUUCAGGCAAGCCCUCAUACACAUAAAAUAGAAUAAGCACAUAUUUUAAAUGUGCUACUAUUACUGAUGUUUUAAGCCAGUUAAAUUAUGUGAUUUUCUUAACAGCAAUAAAAUAUUGUAGAUAAUGUCAUCAUGCUAGCUGCAUCACUCUGACUGUAUAAACCCAAGAGAAUUUCACUCCAUCUCCUUCUGCCAAAAUAUUUACAACACUUAAGAAAUAAGGGCUGAUUUUUAUUUUUUUUAACAUAAAAUAUAUGAGACAGUUGUAUCCUGUCAGCUAAAAAUGUUUUCUCUGGCCUGUGAGUUGGCUCAGUAGAUGAAGACACUUGCUGCCAAGCCUAACAACCUGAAUUCAACUCCCAGAACCCAUGUAAUGGGAAGACAGAUGGGAUUCAGAGAAAUUGUCCUCUGAUCAUUGUACCCAUGCCUUGGUAUAUGAGUAUCUGUGAUGGUUUGUAUAUGCUCAGUCCAGGGAGUGGCACUACUAGAAGGUGUGGUCCUGUUGGAGUAGAUGUAUCACUGUGGGUGUGGGCUUUAAUAACCUCAUCCUAGCUGCCUGGAAGCCAGUAUUCUGCUAGCAGCCUUCAUAUGAAGAUACAGAACUCUCAGCUGUGUUUGCACCAUGCCUGCAUGAACGCUGCCAUGCUCCCACCUUGAUGAUAAUGGACUGAACCUCUGAACCUGUAAGCCAGCCCCGAUUAAAUGUUGUCACUUAUAA